UUCCUUUGAGAGAUCUGUUCUUUUCUCUCUUGCACUAUGAGGCAGGAGGUCGUGCAUUGCGACGCGCCAUUUCUUCCUGAAGAAAUUAUCAGAAACAUUCUCAAACGACUCCCUUUGAAAUCCCUAAUUCGAUUCCAAUGUGUGUGCAAAUAUUGGAAAAAUCUCUUCAAAACCUCAUCUUUCAUCGCUGACCACCUCCACCACUCCUCUCUUCAAAUCCCUUCUCUUCUUUUGAAACAGAAUGAUAGCUGUGAGCCUCUGCGCUUACUUUCGAUCGAUUGCGAGAUGAAUGGCUUUGAAAUUAAGAACCCACCUUUGAUCGGUUCCUUGCCGCACGUUAGGAUCAUCAGUUCCAGCUAUGGCUUGCUCUGUGUUGCAAUCGAUGAGGGUGAUAUGUAUACUUUUUUUUUUGUGCAAUUCCCUUUUACUGUGGAAUCCUGCUAUUGGAGAGGUCAGACAGAUCCCUAGAACCAGAACUGUUAAACUUGGUGAGUGGGAUUGCUCCGUAGGAUUUGGGUUCAGUGCAAUUGUUAAUGAUUACAAGAUAGUGAAAGCUUAUGGUAAGUUUGCUGGUGUGAUUAGUGGAGUUGAAGUGUAUUCAUUAAGCACAGGUUCAUGGAAGGAAAUAGAAUUUGGACCCUUAGAGGGUGUUAGGAUUUUUGGUGACACAGUCACUGCCAAUGGAUCUAUCUUUUGGUCGGUUCUAAUGUCAGGUGUGGAAGAGGAGGAUGACGAUGUUGACACUGAAUGGGGGGUUUCAUUUGAUAUCGCGACAGAAGUGUUUACAUUGAUACCAUUUCCUUGUUUAUACGAUGGUUUAUGUUGUAAGUUGUCUGUGUAUGAGGACAAGCUUGCUGUGAUUUCUCUCUCCGGGAUUGGUAACUUUCCGAACUAUCUAUAUUGUUUGAUUGAUUUGUGGGUGUUAGAGGAGGGUAUAGGCUCAUCUAGGGAGAGAUGGAGUUGGACUAAAAAAUAUACUUGCAAUACCUGCCCAUCCAUGUUAAGUUAUCCUGUGACCAUCUGGAGGAAUGGAAUUGUUUGUGGUUCUAUAUUUACAAAUGAAAUUGGACGUGAAAUGGAGACUGGUGAAGAAAGAGUUGGUCUAUAUUUGAUCAAUAUGGUUACUAAUGAAUGUAAGAUGUUCGCAGUCCCUGGAUUUCGCUUGGGUGGUGGUUUCAAUUAUGUGGAGAGUCUUGUUCCAGUUGGCAACAUCCAGUUUGAAGCACCUUGA